AUGUAUGCCGAGGUGAUCUACACUAACAUUUGGGCUUUACAUUUGAAUUGCACUCCUGAACAAAUCAACAAGAUUGCAAAGAAGCAUGGUUUCCAUAACCUGGGAAAGAUAUUUCCAGAUGGCAACUAUUACCAUAUGGAGCAAAGACAGGUGGCAAAACAAUCAUUGCAGGCACAAUAUUUGCAUAAUCUUCGACUCAAAAUGGACCCUAAGGUGCUUUGGUUUGCACAGCAAUCUGGAAGGAGUAGAAAGAGAAGACACUCUUUCACAGUACCAACUGAUCCAUUUUUCAAUCAGCAGUGGUACCUGAGUGAGGCCUUUGAUCAGAAUGUGGUGGCUGCAUGGGCUCGAGGCUACACAGGAAAAGGGGUGGUGGUGUCCAUCUUAGACGAUGGCCUAGAGACAAGCCACCCAGACAUUGCUGAAAAUUAUGAUCCACAGGCUAGCUAUGACAUGAACGAUAAUGACCCCAACCCAGACACUCAAUACUCUCUGACCAGACCGAAGAGGCAUGGAACACGGUGUGCUGGGGUGGUGGCAGCGGUGGCAAAUAAUGGGGUGUGUGGGGUUGGAGUGGCAUAUCAGGCCAAGAUCGGAGGAGUUCGAAUGUUGGAUGGACAAGUGACUGACCUGAUAGAAGCCAUGUCCUUAAAUUUGAAUCAGCAACACAUUGACAUCUACAGCUCCAGCUGGGGACCUGAAGAUUUGGGGACGAAUUUGGAGGGGCCAAACACAUUGGCCCAAGAAGCCUUUAUCAGAGGCAUUACCAAUGGCCGAGGUGGCUUGGGUUCCAUUUACGUCUGGGCUUCAGGCAAUGGGGGCGCCAGCUUUGACAACUGCAACUGCGAUGGCUACACCAACAGCAUUUACACGUUGUCUGUUGGUAGUACCACUGAGAGGGGAACACUGCCCUUCUACAGUGAACCCUGCUCUGCCAUUCUAACAACAACCUACAGUGGUGGCAGCUUUCAUCACCGCAGUAUUGUCACCACCGACCUGCAUCAAUCCUGCACCUCAGACCAUACUGGGACCUCUGCCUCUGCCCCUCUGGCUGCUGGAAUCAUUGCACUGGCUCUGGAGGCAAACCCGACACUCAACUGGCGUGAUGUGCAACACCUCGUGGUACGAGCAUCUAGACCGGUAGAUCUUCGAACGCAUGAUUGGCGGACCAAUGGUGUUGGAAGACCUGUCAGCCAUUACUAUGGAUAUGGGCUACUGGAUGCAGGGAGACUGGUGGAGUUGGCCAGUAAAUGGAAAGCAGUCAAACCUAAAAGGAAAUGCACCAUUGACCUCAUUACCAGAGCCAUUGAACUCCGCAGGAAACUGACAUUGAGGUGGAAUGUGACAGCUUGUCACGGCACCAGGAACUGGAUUCGGUCUCUGGAGCACAUCCAGGCCCGUCUUACACUGACCUAUAGCAGACGUGGAGAUCUCUCCAUCACCCUCAUUAGCCCAAAGCAGACCAUCUCCAAUUUACUCACAACCAGGCCUUACGAUAAAAUGUCUACAGGUUUCUCAGACUGGGCCUUCAUGAGUACACACUGCUGGGAUGAGGAUCCCUGCGGAUAUUGGGUUCUACGGAUAGAAAACAACGGAGAUUCAACCAACAGAGGUACACUGACAAAAACAAAGAUGUUUCUAUUUGAGGUGUCAACUUCAAUAACACAGCGAAUGUCUUAA